AUGUUGGAAGCCGCACCGGGCGACCACAUAGCCAUCAUCCAUCUUGAGAACGGUCACACCACUCUUCCCCAGAAUCAGCCCAAGAAGCCCUUGAACCGCGGCACCGUCUUCCUCUAUGGCACCAGCCAGCCCAAGGAGAACGAGCGUCUCUUUGAUGUCCAUCUUGUCUGGAACAAGAAGGGCACUGGCGGCGACGGUCGUGGCGUUCUUCUCUCUACUCGCAACUACGACGAUGGCCAGUGCUAUCAACCAAACCCCGGCCCCAUCAGCACUGAGCGAGCUGCCAAGCUAGCCCCAGAGGGAGCUGUCCAUGACAGAGAGCUUGGAUGCCAGUCGACCCUUCAGCUGCCCAGCGACCUCAAGCCUGGCUCCAUCUACACCAUCUACUGGUACUGGGACUGGCCUGAUCUGAACGCCGACAGCAUCAACUUCGCUGCUACCACCAACGGCCUCUACCCAUGGGCUGGCACCUUUAUGCGCGGAGAGAAGGAUCCUCACGGCUUCACCAUGGACGCCAUCGCCAAGAAUGAGAGCUAUGCUAGCACCAUCGAUAUCAAGAUCACGGGCGGUGACUCGUCUGCCAAAAACGCCAACUUUGCGGACGAUUGGAUCGAGGAUCAGGACAUUUACACCAAAGCCAUCAAGUCCCAGAUGACCAGCAACUUUGAGGUUGACAUUGAUGCCAACGGUGCCAGCGAUGGCCCGAGCGCAACUCCUGUCACUCCCACUUCAGUUGCUCCUCAACCCUCCCAGGUGGCACCCACCACGCCAGCUGGCAAGGAGGGCGACGCAAAGGAGACUGUCACUCUUGUACAGCCGACCACCAUCUCUCUUGUACAGCCGACCACCAUCUCUCUUGUACAGCCGACCACCGUCUGGAAGACGCUCUACAGAACAGUGACUGCUGACCAGGGACCGUCAACCUCAGCCUCGCCGACUUUGGCGCAGCUUGUUCCCACUGUCACCACGACCACCACAAUGCAUGUCCCGGCUGCAGCUUCGCCUUCAACAUCGACUACCACUACCACUACAACCACAACCACAACUUCAACAAGCAGCAGUAGCGUUCAGUCUACUGCUACCUACUACAUGACCAUUACGAAGCACGUCCCUUCUGCGACUCUGCCAAGCGACAGCGCAGUUGAGGCACCGACCUCGACGCUGUCGAGCUCCAGCUCCAGCGCCGAGAUUAACAACGGCCGUCCGACUGUGACGCCGUUCCUGCCCAUCCACCGGCGCAACUGGGCCUUUGGCGAGCACUAA